GCCAGAGAUUUUGUGUGAUUUCAACCGUGAUGGAGAACGAGGAGGUGCCUGACGUGAUGACAGCGUCGUACAGUGAGAUCAUGAACUCGAAUGUCGAGGAGGAAUCGACAGAUGUCCGGAAGCGUCCCAAUCGCUUCCCGUACAAUCUCGAGGGCACCGUGAGCAUGGAUGGGAACAUGACGCACUUCAUCACGGAGAAUCUGGAGCACAAGAUCAAGCUCUCGAGCCCCAUCGCGAAGAGCAGGGAGUCACCGAGGGGCGAUUCGAGAGACAGCACGCCGUCAACGAGUGGCUUCCAGUUCGGUCGUCCGGGAGGCUAUCUUCUGCCCUCGGAGAUUGACUCCAACGUGCUGAACGACGUGGAGAUGGAGGCGCAGUAUCUGGCGGCGUCUGUGGACAAUCUGACGGAGAACCUCUGCAAUUUGCUGCACUCUAUUUCAUCCAUCACGGCGGACAAUGUUGAGGUGUACAAGAACUCCGUGAGCAAACUGACGGAUUGCAUGGAUGCUAACAUCAAGAAUAUGUACACAAUCAUGGCCAAGACGGAGGAAAUCUCCAAUGCGAUCAAACCUACGAAGCAGCUGAUGAACAGAAUACGUGAAAUCAAGCGCUUGGUGGAUAUGCUGGAGAACACGCUCUAGGAAGCCAAGCGAUCAUCUCUGAUCAUCCCUGGAAAUUUGUGAUUUUGUGAUCUCUCGAGUAAGUCUAUAUAAUGUGUUAUUUUCCUUUCCACGCGGAGAAGAUCGUUGCAAUAGAGGCAGAAUUUAACGGCAUAGAGAUAAAUUUAUUAUUUACAUUUUUUACAGCUUCUCAAGUAUAACAUUUACAAUAAUAACAUUGGAUAUAUAAAUUUACUCUCGCGAUCAAAAUCGAGUUGAAAAAUAGUGUUUUUUUUUGUUUUCUUGCUUUAAUUGUUCCCUAAACCUGUUGCACAUUUGUCUUAAGAUUUCGCGACCUGCCGAUUGUUCGUGCGUUUCACUCACGCACGCAUUACAUCAUAUACACGUUGAACACUCUUACAAAGAGGGAGAAAUAAACGAGGGGGGGGG